CUUCUCAUUAGCCAUUCCAGACAAGGCUCCUCUUAAGUAAAAGCAAACCAGUCAGGAGACAGUGAAUUUGAACUUUAAAGGCAUUUAAUGGUCUUCUUGGGGUCUUUAAUAUUCUUCCGGAUUUUUGGAUUGAAGAUUUAUUUUUUAUCAAAGUAUAACAAUUUAAAUCAACUUUUCCUCUACUAACAGGAGUUAUGCUACAGAGAAGACUGUUUUGGCUGACUGUGUUGCUAUCUUUCUGCAUCUCGAUACACUGUGAAGAUGAAGAAAAAGAAGAUGAAACCUCAUUUGAUCUUAUUGAAAUCAGUAACAUAAACAAAAGGACAGUUGGUGCAAAAAUAUUUCGUGGACAGGAACCAAAUACUCCAGCAUUUCGUUUUCUUCGGUUUGACCACAUACCACCCGUUAAUGCUGAAAAAAUGAAAAGAAUUAUAGAUUUGAUCCAGCUCAAUGAAGGUUUUAUCCUUACAUCCACCUUCAGACAGGAUAAGCAGAACAGGGGAACUCUUCUUGCUAUAGAAGGUCCUGGCAUCUCCAACAGACUGUUCGAAUUGGUUUCAAAUGGAAAAGCCAAUACUCUGGACCUAAUUUAUUGGUAUGAUGGAUCUCAGAACGUUAUCUCCUUGGAAGAUGUUGACCUUGCUGAUUCUCAGUGGAAAAAUGUUACAAUUCAAGUGUCUGGAGAAAACUUCAAUCUCUAUGUUGGCUGUGACCUUAUUGACAGUUUCCGCCUGGAGGAGACAUUCUAUGAACAUUUGAAAUCUGACAACAGCAAGAUGUAUUUAGCUAAAGGUUCUAUAAGAGAAAACCAUUUCAGGGGACUACUUCAAAGUGUCCAUUUAAUUUUUGAUACUACAGUUGAUGAUAUUUUAAGGAAGAAAGGUUGUCAGCUAAACCAUGCAGGUGAUGUUAACACCAUCAUUGAAAAAACUGAAAUCCUCCAUCUCGCGCCCAUAACAACAGAAUAUGUUGGCCAGAAAGCAGAAAAAAAGGUGGAUUUCUGCGACAGGUCAUGUGACGAGUUGGGUACAAUGUUUACUGAGUUGACCGGCUUACGCAUUGUUGUAAACAACCUGCUUGAUAAUCUUCAAAAAGUGUCUGAGGAGAACCAAGUGUUAUGGGAGCUGAUUGGGCCAAAUAGAACCUUAAAGAAUCAAUCUAUGUGCUGGCAAGAUGGUCGGGUCUUUGCAGAUAAUGAAGAUUGGAUUGUUGACAGCUGCACAAAAUGUACCUGCCAGAAUUCAAAAACUGUAUGUCAUCAAAUUACUUGCCCUGCAGUGCAUUGUGCUAACCCAUCUUUCAUUGAGGGAGAAUGUUGUCCAGUCUGCUUCCCGAUGGACAGUGAAGCCGGUUGGUCUCCAUGGUCAGAGUGGACAGAGUGUUCUCUAACAUGCGGUUCUGGAACACAGCAACGGGGGCGGUCAUGUGAUGUCACCAGCAGUACAUGUGAAGGAUCAUCAAUUCAGACCAGGUCAUGCAACCUUGGCAAAUGUGAUCACCGCAUACGUCAGGAUGGAGGUUGGAGUCAUUGGUCACCUUGGUCUGCUUGUUCUGUAACUUGUGGAAUUGGCAACAUCACCCGUAUCCGCCUGUGUAAUUCCCCUAAACCACAACUAGGAGGGCAAAACUGUACUGGAGCUGGACGAGAGACGAAACAAUGUGAAGGAGUGCCCUGUCCAAUUAAUGGAAAGUGGGGUCCCUGGUCACCAUGGUCCAGCUGUAGUGUUUCAUGUGGUGGGGGUCUACGAGAAAGGUCUCGGCUAUGUAAUAAUCCCAAACCACAAUACGGUGGGAAGAAGUGCAGUGGCGAUGUCAAAGAAAAAGAUAUGUGCAAUAAGCAGGAUUGUCCUAUUGAUGGAUGUUUGUCCAAUCCAUGCUUUCCUGGAGCAGAAUGCAACAGCUAUCCAGAUGGAUCCUGGUCAUGUGGUUCUUGUCCUGUUGGUUACAUUGGCAAUGGAACCUUCUGUGAAGAUCUUGAUGAGUGUGCGCUGGUAACAGAUGCCUGCUUCAAACUUGGUGGAGUUCAUCGUUGUGUAAAUACAAAUCCAGGCUACCACUGCCUACCUUGCCCUCCUCGUUAUAAGGGUAACCAACCCUAUGGUGCUGGUCUUGAAGUAGCCAAGAAAGAUAAACAGGAAUGUGAACCAAUAAACCCAUGCAAGGACAAAACACAUAGUUGUCACAAAUAUGCAGAAUGUAUCUACAUAGGACACUUCAGUGAUCCAGUCUAUAAAUGUGAAUGCCGAACGGGUUAUGCUGGAGAUGGCAUUCUUUGCGGGGAAGACUCUGAUUUGGAUGGUUGGCCCAAUAGUAACUUGAUCUGUGCUGCUAAUGCCACUUACCACUGUACUAAAGAUAACUGUCCCCUUCUACCUAACUCUGGACAAGAAGACUUUGACAAGGAUGGCAUUGGGGAUGCUUGCGAUAAAGAUGAUGAUAAUGAUGGAGUGGACGAUGAAAAGGAUAAUUGUCCUUUACUAUACAACCCCCGUCAGUUUGACUAUGACAAGGAUGAAGUAGGAGAUCGCUGUGAUAACUGUCCCUAUGUGCACAAUCCUGCGCAAAUUGACACUGAUAAUAACGGAGAGGGAGAUGCUUGUUCUGUGGAUAUUGACGGAGAUAAUAUUCUAAAUGAACUGGAUAAUUGCCCAUAUGUCUACAAUACAGACCAGAAGGACACUGAUAAGGACGGCGUUGGCGAUCAGUGUGAUAAUUGCCCGUUGAUGCACAAUCCUGACCAGACCGAUGUGGAUAAUGACCUUGUCGGUGACCAAUGUGAUAACAAUGAAGAUAUUGAUGAGGAUGGCUACCAAAACAACUUAGACAAUUGCCCAUACAUUCCCAAUGCAAAUCAGGCUGACCAUGAUAAAGAUGGCCGAGGUGAUGCCUGUGAUUCUGAUGAUGAUAAUGAUGGUGUCCCCGAUGAUAGAGACAAUUGCCGGUUGGUUUUUAACCCUGACCAAAAGGACUCCAAUGGUGACGGACGAGGUGAUGCCUGUAAGGAUGACUUUGAUAAUGACAGUAUUCCUGAUAUAUAUGAUGUUUGUCCAGAAAACAGUGGAAUUAGUGAAACUGAUUUCAGAAAAUUCCAAAUGGUGCCUCUCGAUCCAAAGGGAACAGCUCAGAUUGAUCCCAACUGGGUCAUUCGUCAUCAAGGAAAAGAGCUGGUGCAGACUGCCAACUCAGAUCCUGGCAUAGCAGUGGGAUUUGACGAGUUCAGUGCAGUUGACUUCAGUGGUACUUUCUACGUGAAUACUGAUCGAGAUGAUGACUAUGCAGGCUUCGUAUUUAGCUAUCAGUCCAGUAGCAGAUUUUAUGUACUUAUGUGGAAGCAGGUCACACAAACCUACUGGGAGGAUAAGCCAUCUAGAGCAUACGGAUAUUCUGGUGUAUCUUUGAAAGUUGUAAACUCCACAACGGGUACUGGGGAGCAUUUGAGAAAUGCCCUAUGGCACACUGGAAACACCCCAGGAGAGGUACGCACCUUGUGGCACGAUCCCAAAAAUGUUGGCUGGAAGGAUUAUACUGCAUACAGGUGGCAUCUGACCCACAAACCUAAGACUGGUUUUAUCAGGGUAGUUGUUUAUGAAGGAAAGCAGAUUAUGGCAGACUCUGGCCCUGUAUACGACAAGACAUAUGCUGGUGGACGACUUGGACUGUUUGUGUUCUCUCAAGAAAUGGUUUUCUUCUCAGAUCUUAAAUAUGAAUGCAAAGAUUUCUAAGUACUAGUGCAACAUAAAGUAGAAAGUACUUAUUAUUGGCGACCAAGACACCUCAGCUCACCCAGUACUCCAAAUUGCUCUUUUUAAUUACCUCUUGGCUACUGGAAGGGAAGAGCCUUGUGUACCAUCCAAAAAAACAGAGAAGUGAACCAAUGGAAAAUAAAGUGAAAAUCAAACACAGAAGAAUGGAGGAAAAAAACCAAAAUAUUACAUGUUUUCUAAAUAAGUAUAAUGCAGAGAUGAGUGAAUUUCUCUUUAUUUAAUAUUCUUAAUUGAUGCAAUACUAAUAUCACAGUAUAGUAUAAUAAAUAUAAAUAUAAUGCAUAAUUCCCGGCUCAUACAAAUGAAAAUCUCAUUGCACCCUUGUUUUACUUCUAAGCAUUUGAGUAAUUAACUCAUUAAUUAUUCUAAAACGCACACAUCUAUAUAAUCCAAUUUCAUUGGAACUUCUGGACUAUCAUUACAAUAAUAAUCCGCAUGUUGUGCAAUAUAGAUAGUUAAGUAAAUGUACAAAAAGAAAUAUUUAAAUGAAAGAUGAAAUGAAUACACAGAUGUGAAUGUAAAAAAUUUCCUUAUUGAGUGCCUUAAAUAUAAUAUCAGCCUCUGUUUUCUAAUGUUAACCCUAUACACUGACUGUAAUGCAGUACAUCAUAAAAUGCUUCUUAGGGGCCUAUUUAUGAUUGCGCGAGCGGACAUGAUCCGAUAUGGCAGAUCAUGUCCGCUGCACAUCGAUAAAUGCUGACAGCAUACACUCUCGGCAUUUAUCAUUGCAUCAGCAGUUCUUGUGAACUUCUGGUGCAAUGCCGCCCCCCCUGCAGAUUUGCAGCCAAUCGGCCGCUAGCAGUUGGUGUCAAUCAACCCCUGUCGAUUUCUAUCCGUGGCCUGAGACCAGGCGGACAGGUUAUGGAACUUGAUAAAUAUGCCCCCAAACCUAGACCACUAGAGAUCAAUUAUUGCUAUAUUUAAUAUCCCUUUACAAUAUUUCUUGCGUAGGUAGGAUAAAACAUUUGGAUCGGUGUUCAGUUAUGCAUUUUAGUUACUGGAAAAAUAAUUUCCUAAAAAAAAAUAUUGAUAGGUUAUGUAAAAUCAUUAUUUAGCUUCUCAAACAUAGAUUUAGUAAAUGCUAUGUUUCUUCUGGAAAGAUGCAUAGACAUAAGGAUUUUGAUGGUAGAUGAGAACAAAUACUUUUUUCUUAAGUGUUAUCUCAAUUAAUAUCCAGGAUAGAGAUAUAGAUCCUCUAGAUAUUCCUAAUACAUACAGUAUAUGUAUAUAUAUAUAUAUACAGUAUAUAAAAGUUCAGACAGAUUGCACUCCAGACCUCCAAUAGCAACAACCCAAGGUGCAUCAAGACAAGUCAUAAACAGCAGCAAAGGACAAGUGUGUACCACUUUUUGUCUUAGGAUGGACCGUAUGGUCUGAAAACUUUCACAAAUAAGGAAUCUUAUUGGAGUGCGCUUCCUUUGCUGCUGUAUAUACAGUAUAUAUAUAUAUAUAUAUAUAUAUAUAUAUAUAUAUAUAUAUAGAAAGAAAGAAAAGGAUUCAAGAAUGUAUAGGCUUUUAAAAAUAUUUAUAAAUUUAAACUAGUUGGACCUGAUUGUCCUAAGCAAUCUUCAAACUUAAUGAAUAGCUCAACAAAUUGCCUUAUAUUUUCUAUAUUAAUUGUUUGGGCUCCAGAUAAUGCAUACAGAAUUUAUAACAUGAUAUUUCUCGUUAUUGGUGGCCAUUGGAUAGCAUUAAUUAUGUGGGACUCUUUUAUUUUUAAAAAAAAUAAAUAAAUACAGUUACAGUCUAGAUAAACAUUUUUUGCAUAUUCAACGUGAGGUUCAUGUUUAUAAUAAACAGCUAAAACCAAUCUUUCAUAUCUUCUAGGAAACCUAAUACACAAUUAUUACAAUGUUAUUAUUAUCAUACCACUAGAAUUUCAGUAGUAUAUUUCACAGGGCAAGUUUUUAAAUAUUACAGUAACAAAUUACAUUAACUCUACAAUAUUUGCAUACAAUAAAGUGUUUCUGUAAUGUAUAAAUUAUGCCCUUUUACAUGCACAAUAAUAUUAUAAUGUAAUAGCUAACAAAUGCUUGUUUGAUGCCUAUUUAGAUGACAAAUGUGUACUGAAAUGUUAGCUGCCGUGCUUAAUGUAAUUAUUCCACAACCAUCAUCUGUUAUUUUAUAACCUGGGUACAAUAUACAUCUGUCAUUUAUCAAUGCCCUGUGUAGUUUUGUAUAACUCUGUAAAUAGGACUUUUUGAUAGUAUGGGGGGUACCAGACUUUGUAGUAGCAAGAAAAAAGUUAUUCAAUUGAAAUAUAAGAUAUUCUAAUAGUUAUUUUUAUUAAUAAAAACAUAAGCAAAGAGAUUUGAUGUAUAGAUAAGAUAUAACCAGGGAAUUAUAGAAUUCGGAAGAAUUGAAUUUUGGUCUAUAAUGCAUUUUCAUGUAUUUUAUUGUUUUAUUCUUUUGAACAAAUUCACUGUGUUAUUUUUUUUUUUGCACAUUUAUAAUAUUGUUUUCUUAAUGUUUUUUUUUUUUUUUAAAUGUUCAAAUUUGUAGUGUUUCUUUUUUCUUCUUCAUACAUCAAAAUCUCCAGUUCUUCAUUAAAUGUAUGCAAUGUAAUUGAUGUGUAGUCUAUUUGGGGUUUGUUCCACAAAACGUGGAACAGAAGAUGUUAAUAUUAAUAGACUGUACAAUUAUGUGUCCUUUGUAAAUUAUUUAUGAUGUCGUUUUUUUUUUUCUUUCUUCCACGUAUUUUAGUUUUAUUGAAGUAAAAAAAAAGAAAAAGAGUAAUUGUGUUUUCCAAAGAUUGUAAAUACUUAUUUAUUUGUUUACAUUAUGAAGUCCUACAUUUAACCAAAGCCUACGUUUUUUUAUACUUAUUAAACAUUGGUUAGUAAAUAAAAUAUAAACAAAGGUUUCAUUGA